AUGUCGACGGUCGCGGAAAAAGCAAACCUUGCGCGCAUUCGAGAUAAUCAACGACGAUCCCGCGCCCGAAGAAAAGAGUACCUUCAAGAAAUCGAGGCACGAUUGCGCCAAUGUGAACUUCAGGGGAUUGAGGCUUCUUCAGAGAUCCAGAUGGCAGCAAGAAGGGUAGCAGAUGAGAACAAGAAAUUACGAAGUCUGCUGGCACAACAGGGAGUAGGAAAUGAUAUAGUCGAGUCGUAUCUUCAAAUGAGUCCUGAAGAGCUAAUGAUAUCGGGGCAAUAUGGGAGUGAAAGUACUUCGGUACAACAAUUAGAGCAUUUGCUCCAGACACGGAAAAUGUGUUGCGGAGAUGGCAGUAUUGGCCCGCCGAGUACAGCGACAAUGGGACAAAUAAUCCAGAGUCGAGAGAGUUCUUGCAGUGGAAAUACCGCUCAUUCAUUAUGGGACCCCGUACACAGUUUACGCAGCUUGAGUGUAGGGCAGGCACAAAUAUCAGCUGUCAAGGGAUCUUCAUCCGCACAACAAUUCAUGAUUCCGAGAAGAAGCAGCGCCGCAAGUCGUCAUAGCAGUAUCAGUCAAACUCAGGGCAGUGCCAGAAAUGCUCAGAAUCAACAACAGCAACGAUUCAACAUGACAUCAAUAGCAUUACCAAAUACACAACAUAGUACCUCAUCGAGCCUCUCGAUCCAAACCCCUCCAAUCUACGAUUUCGAUCCGCAAUUUCUGACAAAUCAAUCCUACAAUACCAUUUCUCCGCAAACCCCUCACAUGCAUCCACAUUUACAAGCCCACACGAAUUCAGUUCCAAUUCCGAACCCCCAUUCAUCCAUUUCAUCUCAUCAAACCUCACCACCAAUGUCUUCGACAUAUGCCACGACCAUGUCCUCAGACGGCGGUGGAAACAACAACAACAUGAAUAGUUGUGUAUUUGCAACCGAUAUAAUAACCACAAUGGCCGGAGCAGACCCUGCUGUUAUUCGUGCAGAAUUGGGUUGUGUACCGGGUAUGGAUUGCAAUGUGGAUAAUCAGCUAGUAUUCAAUGUGAUGGAUCGAUAUACAGGCAGUGGUGUAGGCUUAUGA